AUGAACUCAACAAAUCCAGCAACAGUUCUGGGUUUCGGUACGUGGGAACAGAUUGUAGAUAAAUUCUUAUACUGUGCGAACUCUUCAAAGCAAACAGGUGGUUCGAAGAAAAUUAAAGAAGCAAACCUUCCACCGCACACUCAUACAGGAACUACAAACACAACAGGUAGUCAUUCACAUUCAAUAACAAAAAGAGGUUAUACAAAUCUUGCAGCAGGUUCGGAUAGACAGGGAAUGCAUAGAUAUGAUAUUUCAAGUGACCCAGUAGAUUUAAGCACAGGUAUUUUCUGUGGAACCACAGGAAAUCAUUCACACACUUUCACAACAAAUCCAACAGGCUCGGGUGAAGAUUAUAUGCCACCAUUUGUGACUAUAUUCGCAUGGUACCGCGUUCAAUGA